GAUAUACUACCCAGCAACGACAACCUUGGCCGCUGACUAACAACCAUCAUCGCUUCCAACCUACUAGUUCGUUGCGUACCGAGGCUUGGGCAUAGCCCUAGGUCCUGCGCUAGGUCCUAUAAUCGGCGGUCUACGCACGGAAACUCUGGGUUGGCAACGCCAUCUUCUGGUUUCUCGCCAUUUUCUCUGCGGUGCUGUUCUCGGUUUACUUGGUGCUUAUACCAGAGACGGCCCGGCCCGUACAGUGGUCGGAAAUGGCAGUGUACCCCCCCACCGCGCCUUUAUAUGACGCCGUUUCAACAUCUUACACACAAACGUGGCAAUGCCUUGCAGGUAGAUGUCGAACAGACCAAGGUUAAAGCGCCACGUGAGCGCCUCGACCCCUUUGCCGUCCUCAAGUAAAGGGGGCAUUACGCUUGGUUUCGGGUCGCUCCUAUACGGCGGGUAUUACAUCGUCUUAACCACCCUCCCCAUCCAGCUCGCCCAGCGAUUCGGCCUGAAUUCAGCGCAAACGGGGCUAUGCUACCUCUCCAUCUUCCUCGGCGCCGUCCUGAGCCGCUUCACCGCGGGCCGACUACUCGACUGGAACUUCCGCCGCCACGCGACACGACUCGGCAUCGCGGGCAUCGAAGUGACGCUGUUCUUCCUCGGCCUCUUCAACGAGGGCAGGCUGUCCGGGCUGAGCGUGCUAGUCGUAUAUACCCACCAGGAGAGCCCGGCGACGGCGCUGGCGGCGAAUAAUCUGUUCCGGUGUCUGGUUAGCACGGGCAGGACGGCGGUGGCGGUGGCGCUUAUUGAUAGGAUCGGGAUUGGCUGGACGGCGGUGUUCAUUGCUGGGACUUGGCUGUGCUGUAGUCCGCUGCUGUGGUUGGUUCUGUUGAGGGGUGCGGGGUGGAGGCGGGAGAAGAAGGUGCGGAUGGAUGAGGUUAUGGGGAGGGAGGAGGCGGAAAAGGAGAAUGAGGGUGGCGAGAAGGUGUAGUCUAUUGGUGGUAUAGGCAGAUUAUCCUAAUGGGAAAGGGCGCUGUUUGUUGAAAUAUAAUUAGUCCUAUUACAUUAUGCCUAAUACACAUCAUUUAUCCGAGGCGGUUGUAUCUCGGCGGAGAAGAUGGGUUCUUACAUCGGAUGGUUCAGUUUCGCCGCGCUAUAACUGUCCAAACUAAACUACCCUUGAAUACUGAAAUCAGCCCCUAUAGACUCACAAAUGACUCAUAAUUGAUGAUAGGAACUGUAAGAGGUGGACUGCCGGAAGGAUUCUUCUAUACGAACAGGACAUGGGGGCGACGUGCACGUGACUAGACCCCCUAUCCCGGU